CCAGGAGCCGCUGGAGUCUGCUGCGAGCCGGAACCAGGCGUAACGAUACCGAGCACGAGCCAGAACUCAUCCAGAACCAACUCGGCGCUUCGCUCUUCAUUCUUUUGCUUCUCCAGGAGACGAAAAGUGACAUCUUAGGACGCAGCGGGGACAAGACAAAGGCUCUGUGAGUGUGAAAGUGACGGGGCUCACGUGAACAUGACGUCCAGCACCUGCACCAGGUUCACCGACGAGUACCAGCUGUACGAGGAGCUGGGCAAGGGAGCCUUCUCUGUGGUGAGGAGGUGCAUGAAGAUCUCCACAGGGCAGGAGUAUGCUGCUAAGAUAAUAAACACCAAGAAGCUAUCUGCACGAGAUCAUCAGAAGCUGGAGCGAGAGGCCAGGAUCUGCCGCCUGCUCAAACACCCCAACAUUGAGUCACGGGAGGUGAGCUGUUUGAGGACAUUGUUGCUCGAGAGUACUACAGUGAAGCUGAUGCCAGUCAUUGCAUACAGCAGAUCCUAGAGGCGGUACUCCACUGUCACCAGAUGGGUGUGGUUCAUCGGGACCUAAAGCCAGAGAAUUUGCUUCUAGCCAGCAAGUUGAAGGGAGCAGCUGUGAAGCUGGCAGAUUUUGGCUUGGCUAUAGAGGUGCAGGGAGACCAGCAGGCUUGGUUUGGUUUCGCUGGUACACCAGGGUACUUGUCACCUGAGGUGCUGAGGAAAGAUCCUUAUGGCAAGCCUGUGGAUAUGUGGGCCUGUGGUGUGAUCCUCUACAUACUGCUUGUGGGAUAUCCUCCGUUCUGGGAUGAGGACCAGCACAGACUCUAUCAGCAGAUUAAAGCUGGAGCUUAUGAUUUCCCUUCUCCUGAGUGGGACACUGUGACCCCAGAAGCCAAAGACCUGAUCAACAAGAUGCUCACCAUCAACCCUUCUAAGAGAGUCACUGCCACAGAUGCCCUCAAACACCCCUGGAUCUGUCAACGUUCCACUGUGGCCUCGAUGAUGCACAGACAGGAGACUGUGGAGUGCCUCAAGAAAUUCAACGCCAGAAGGAAACUCAAGGGAGCUAUUCUGACGACUAUGCUCGCUACUCGCAACUUUUCAGCCAAGAGCCUGCUGAACAAAAAACCAGAUGGUGUCAAAAUCAACAACAAGGCUAAUGUGGUCACCAGCCCCAAAGAGCCUGUCCCCACACCUUCUCUGGAGCCUCAAACCACUGUUAUCCACAACCCAGCUGAUGGAAACAAGGAGUCCAGUGAAAGUGCGAACACCACCAUUGAGGAUGAGGAUGUGAGAGCUCGAAAGCAGGAAAUCAUUAAAGUGACAGAACAGCUGAUUGAAGCCAUCAACAACGGAGACUUUGAGGCCUACACGAAGAUAUGUGAUCCUGGCCUCACUUCCUUUGAGCCGGAGGCUUUGGGCAACUUGGUGGAGGGCACAGACUUCCAUCGUUUCUACUUUGAGAACGCUCUGUCCAAAGGGAAGCAGUCCAUCCACACCAUCCUGCUCAACCCCCACGUCCACCUGAUUGGAGACGAGGCCGCCUGCAUCGCCUACAUCCGCCUCACUCAGUACAUCGAUGGCAAUGGCAUGCCCCGCACCAUGCAGUCAGAGGAGACCCGUAUAUGGCACCGCCGCGACAGCAAGUGGCAGAAUAUCCACUUCCACCGCUCCGGGUCCCCCACCGUCCCCACCAACUGAGUCCACGAUCUUCCACUCCUCCAGCCUGCAGCAGUCGACGGACCAAACCCUGCCUUCCAUACAGCCAUGAAGCCCCUCAGCCAAGCCCCGCCCACCUCUGCUAAAGCCCCGCCCCCAGUGUGUUGUUUACAUAUUGUUGCUGCUGUUGGACUCGAGGACCUCGCUCACGUGAAAAC